AUGAAGAAGGUUUGUAACACAAGACUCAAAACCAGAGAAUUAAGAAAAAACAUAAUUAUGAAAGUACCAAUAAUCUUAGACUCAAAAAGAGGCACCUUGCUUAAUACUUUUACCUUAGGCACAGAGAAUAUAACAAGUAUAGACUGGGCAGAGGAUAACUUUAUGGUUCUUAGAGAAGAAGUUCUGGAAAUAUCAGUGAAAGAUCAGAGUUCUACUGAAAAGAAGAUUGCACCAAAUACUAAAAAUGAUACUCAAGCAAAAAGCUAUAUAAACUGUGAUCAACAGACUUCAGAAAAUAGACUCCCUCUUAAAGAAAUACAGAAUAAUACAAAUAAUGAAUUUACUGAGAUUAUAAACAGCAAGAAAAAAAAGAAAAAGAUAAAUGUGAGUUCAGCUUAA